AUGUCCUUCUUAGAGAAUAUCAGUGAAGCUGUCAAGAAAAUUAUUGACGUCUCAGAUCGUGCCAUCAUUAUUGAUCCAACAGUUGAUCGCAACGAGUUGGAAAGUUUUGCUGGUUUUCCUUGUGAAGUUUCAUUCAUUCAUGAAGCAACCAAGAAAUCUUCCAUUUGCAGUUUAAACAAUGACAUGAUUGACUUUUUCUUUCAUGACAGUGGUUGCUCUGAACGAGCUCCCUUUGGAGGAAACUCAAAAUUGCAAAAAUUUGUGGCUUGCCAUUCCAUAUUGGCCCUCAAUAAUUACGACGUUCAUCGAAAUAGAUUGGAUGUCGAGAAGGCAAACAAUGAAAAGGUUUCAGUUGGUCGUGACGUUGAAAAUGAUGAUGGUUUAAUGAAUGUCAUUUUCCAAUUGGGUGUUCAAGAUCACUUUCCAACUGUGUGGAAUCAUCGAAAGGAGUAUGCCAACACUUAUUAUUCCUUAUUGAUGAAUAACAAUUUUUUAUUGCAAAUGUUGGAGAAUUUCAAACCAACUUCGGGAGGUUUAAUUGAGAAGAGCGAUUUUCUUGCUUUUUUAUUUGCCAAGUUGAAAGUUUUGGACUUGGAAAAUGAAUAUCUUCCCAAAGUUCAGGCCUUUUAUGAAAAGUUAUGGUCAGAUUAUUCUGUUGGUUCUAUGUGGAGAUUUGCUAAACUAGAAUUUUUUGACAGCACUCGAUUUUCACAAGAGGAUUUCAAGUAUGCAAGAGAACAUGACUCAUACCUUACUGCAGUAGGAAGAUUUGUCAGACAAGGUUAUCGAAUUGUUGAUAAAAUUCAGCAUCACGAUCCAUUCAAGCAGUACUACAAAGCACCAGAUGGUGGGUGUAUUCUUUUGUAA